AUGGCACUCGUCUUGACCUCCGAAGGCGCCUUCGAGGUAGGCGUCACGGACGAUUCCUCUUCUAAUGUCGCGUCAGCGACUUCCACGCCUCCUACUACCGUUGCCGAUGAAGCCAGUCUUCACUCCGAAUCGCCCAAGCGCGAUGUCGUUCAUGUUGCACUCGACAUCGAGUCUCCUGAAGUCACGCUUACCACAUCCAACCUGAUCGAGCCUACAGACUCCAUCAGCCUCGCCGAACCGCCGCCGCCUGCCCCAACACGCUCUCGCCGCAGCCGCGUGAGCGCUCCUGUAUAUAAUCUGGUUCAAUUGAGUGGUACCGCCGGCCACGGAAAGCGACGCGCCAAAGGUGACAUUGUAGCGGAUCGAAGACGAAGAAGACGAACUGUUUCUGGCCCAGUCUUGCCCGGCUAUGGCUCAACAUCUUCAAGCCCUGCUCAAGGUGCAACACCCGAAACAGUCCGAAGUGGCAUUGACGCGCUAGGAGUCACACAGUCAGCCAGCAAACUCGAUUCGCCGCGCACUCGUCGCCAGAGAAUCUUGGAGGAGGAAUUGCCAAGUAAGCGUCCUUCAACGCGUCGUUCCAGUACCAUUGCGCCUGCCGCGGUUACGCCCGUCAACAAAAAGUCAAAGGUCACUAAACGGAGUCGCAAAUCUUUGGAGUCCGAGACGCCGUUAUCACGCGAGCUUAGACGCCUGCAAGAUACAAAGGAGUUUUCCCAUAUUGACGAAAAGCCCGUGAUCCAGAGUGUUUGGUCUAACGGAAAAUUCGUCGACCCCAAAGCUCCCGCGCCACCACCUAAAAAGAAGUCUGAACCCGAACCAGCCGCUGAAGAACCCAAGGACACCGAGCCUGAACCUAUGAAUAGAUUCAGGAAUCGCAAACCUAAGAAGUACCUUGUCAAGGGUCUCUAUGCGGGCCAGGAUACUCCCACCGAUAUAAUCAAGGCACUAUCGGGCGUAGAUAAGAAGACAAUCGCCCAAGUGCCCGAUCUUAUCCCCAACGGUCGCGUUAACAAGACUAUGCCCAUGCCUAUCUUCACUGGCCUGCGGACUCUCAUUGACGGUCGCGAUUUUAAACUCCCCUAUCAAGUCUGCCAUCCUCUUCCUCCAGGUCAGCCCAAGCCCGAUGAGUGGAAGAAGAUGACAAAAACACGACGAAACCGGGGCGGAAAGUAUAGAGUUGGUGUUGAGGUGAUCAAGACCUCGGACCGUGGAUACGGUGUACGAAGCAAUCGAUGCUUCAGGCCUAACCAAAUCAUCAUGGAGUACGCUGGUGAAAUCAUUACCGAGGAGGAGUGUGAGCGCCGCAUGACGGAGGUCUAUAAAGACAACGAGCCGCGAAUGGCCCUGUUUGCUGGCGAUAAACCCAUCAUGACAGGUGAUGAGCUGACCUACGAUUACAAUUUUGACCCAUUCUCGGCGAAGAAUGUCCAGAAAUGCCUCUGCGGUGAACCCAACUGCCGCGGUGUCCUUGGUCCUAAGCCGCGCGAAGUCAAGCAGCCCAAGGCGGACCUCAAGAAUGCAGUCAAGGGUGCCGUCAAAGCUGGCAAGCGCAAGCUCAAGGAACUGGUUGGCGACGAGGCCGACAGUGGCAACAAUGCUAAGAAGCGCAAGGUCCAGCCUGCAAAGGGAGUGAAGCGAGCCAUCUCGAAUGCCAGUUCGAAGGUUGCCAAAGGCGCAGCGAGUGCUAUCAAGAAGGGUGUCUCGACAGUUGCAGCGACUGCAAAGAAGGCAGCCCUGGGCUCCAAGCCACCCGCAAAGCAACGUGUCUCGGCAGGAGCCAUUCUUAAGAAGACGACCACAAAGCGCGUUAUCCAGACUUACUCAAGAACGCCCCAGAAGCGAGCGGCUGGGCGAGCAUCAAACGUUGGUCUUGUUGCAGCAAGCAAAGCAAAGGGUGCUUCGGUAAAAAAGGUCAACACCAAAUCUACGACCAAAAUUGGUAGCAUCAAAAGGAAGCCGUUCCCAACUCCGAUGCCUCGAACGACAAUGAACAUUUCUCAAUUGGCUGAGAUUAUGGUGGCAGCUGAUGAUUGAAGUAUUGAAAAGAGAUGACGACGUUGAGAUGGAGAUUUACGUUUGCAGAUAAACGAGGCAUUCUGACGGACGCGGAUUGCAUUUUUUGGGCCAAGCCAUUAAUGAAUCAGGUACGAGGAGUGAGAGAGGGGAUAUGGAUUUUGGAGUCGCUACACUUUUCCCGCCAUUAGGUAUCACUACUUCUAUUAUUUAUCUGCGGGCGCCCAGGCGUACAACAAGGGAGGUUUAGCAUUGUACGGUACAAGGAAUUGGUUAGUUGGCUGUCUGGCUGCUAUGGACACAUGUAACUUUGCUUAGGUAUCUAGUUUUUACGCCUCCUU